UUGCCCUCACGAGCGUUACGGUUGAUGGUUCGUCUUGGGCAGGCUUUUGGCGCACUUUUGCUAGCGCAGCAACGUGGUGGGGAGUACAAGAGGAUCGCUUCGGAUCACAAUAUUAUGGCACGGGUCAAGGACAUGACUGCCGUUCAUGGCAUGGACAUCAGAAUGCUGGAGAUAUUGUAGCCAGUACAUGGAUUUCAAAGAACGGACAUCUAUAUACGUACGAUAACGACGAUUAAGAUUGUAUGGUCA